AUGACGUCCAAAAAAGAAGCAGAAGAAAGGAAGUUGGAGCUAGAACGUAAGAAACAACGGUUGGCUGAGAUGAGAGAGGACAAACGACGUCGAGAAGAAGAGCGUCGACGAAAUCUUCUUCGGAAUAUUGGCAUCGAAAAUGGCGCUGCUAGUGGUCCACCGAAGACGUUGUUGCAGAAGGAUUUAGAUGAGAUACUUGAACCUGUUGGAAUUCCUUCUUUGCCUCCGAUUGAACAAUCUCCAGCUGCAAAAUCUGAUUCACAAGCAAUUUUUUCGUCUGAAUAA